UAAACACUCUGUCUGAACACACUAUCAGCUUAUCGGAUGAGAUGCAUGUAACCGUCCAUGGUGUCCACAAAACAAUUUGGUCGAAAAGCCCACCUGGAAAUGCGGAUACACCUUUCGGAACCGUUACACGGAUAAUGAUGCGUUUGUAAUGUAAAUGGAUGAGAAAAAUGAGGAGCGACAGAUUGCAAGUUGUUUUCAUGCUGUGUCUUGCUUUCGUCACUGCAGGAGGAAAAAGUUUUGAAAGAAAAGUGGCCCAGUUACUCCAAGACGAAACAGAGGAUCUUAAAUGUUUUGUGGAGAGAAAAAAGGAUCUCACUUGCUUCUGGGAGGUGGAGGAAGAGAGGAAUUUACAUGAUCGAUAUACCUUCAUGUAUUCAUAUGAGAAUGAGAAAAAGAUGGCUUGUGUGGUUUCAUCUCUGUCUUUACGGGCCAGUAACAAAACCGUCCUCUUCUGCAAACUCCCCCAAGUGCUGUUCUUCACGCCUCUUAACGUGCAGGUCUUCCGUGAUGGCCGGAUUCUCUAUCAUCGCGUCUUCAACGUCGAUAACGUCUUACUCCUAGAUCCUCCCAGCAACCUCACGGUCAUGAGCUCAGGGAAGGAAGGCCAGUUGAACGUGAGCUGGCUGCCUCCUGCGCUCAAAUACAUGGACGACAGUUUGAUAUAUGAGGUCAGAUACGCAGAGGAGGGAAGUCACAUGGGCAAGGUGGAGAAGAUAAAGGCCAGCACCAUGCUGGUUUUGCGUGGCUUACAGUCCGACACCAGAUACGAGGUGUGGGUCCGUGUCAAACCCGAUGGCGUCUCCUACGAUGGCUACUGGAGUUCUUGGACCGAUCCUGUGUUUGCAGUCACGGCGCCAACCGACAUGGAUCCGCUGAUUGUGUUACUGGUUCUUUUCAUCGGAUUGAUCCUGUGCCUGCUGUCACUGACUGUGAUUCUGUCCCACCACAAGUUUCUUCUGAAGAAACUGUGGCCUGACAUCCCCACGCCAGAGCACAAGUUUCCAGGUCUCUUCACAGUCUACAAAGGGGAUUUCAAGGAGUGGAUGAGCCAAAAUAAUGGCAGCAUGUGGGGAAGAUCAGUCCAUGUGUACACGGAGGAGCUUCCCUCACCUGUGGAGGUUUUGUCCGAGGUUUCUCUGACCAACUACAGUACGUCCCCGAGAGAGGGCAGAAAGCCUGCGGAGAAGGAAGAGGGGAGCGAGCGUACGGAUUCGGGAUUAAUGGGAGGAUGGCGAGAACCUCCUCACGCUCAGUGGCUCAUGGAGCAACUGAGGGCGCUUCAAGAAAACCCAGAAUCGUUCUCCCAGUCACCGUUACUCCAGUCACAUGACACCUACGUCGCUCUCAAUCAAAACUCCCAGCGUGUGCAAGGAGAUAACGAGCAGCAGGUGGACGAUGUCUUUGAGGAGACCUUACCGCUCCAGACACUCUUUACCACCGCGGGAACGUCGUCUUUGAGCGCCUCGCACUCCGACCUCGGCUCGCUCCCGCAGAGCUCGGGUUCGGGCAGACUGUCCUCACAAUCCAGCUUAGAGUAUCCCAACCACACAUGGCCCCCCAGAGGGCCGGGAUACACCUAUAUGGCGGUUGCAGACUCAGGGGUUUCCAUGGACUACAGCCCGAUGAGCUCGAGCAGCAUCGCGGAGCUCGGAAAACGCGGGAUCUACACCAAUGAGUACAAAAACGAGAUUUUUGUCCACAAGUGGCCGUUCUCCAGUCAACACAUUGAAUCUGGAUACUGAUACUACAAAUUCAUUUCAGGAUCUUACCGAUUUCUGUUUGAUGCAUGAUGUUUAAGGGCAACUGAAAACACUAGGAUCUUUCAGGAGAAAAAAAAACAUUCCAUCAGAUGAAAUAAGCUAACAUUAUAGCAUUAGUAUGGCAGCCGUUAAUGAAACAUUUUAGUACAGUGUGUCAUGUACCACUAAAGUACCAUUCAUUUUUUAAUACAUUAAAGGAUUAGUUCACUUCAUAAUUAAAAUUUCCUGAUAAUUUACUCACCCCCAUGUCAUCCAAGAUGUUUAUGUCUUUCUUUCUUAAGUUGAAAAGUAAUUAUGUUUUUUGAGGAAAACAUUCCAGGAUUUUUCUCCAUAUAGUGGACUUAGUUACCAAUGGGUUGAAGUUACCAAUGGGUUGAAGGUCAAAAUUGCAAUUUUACUGCAGCUUCAAAGGGCUCUACACGAUCCCAGCCGAGGAAUAAUGGUCUUAUCUAGUAAAACGAUUGAUUUUUUUUUUUUCUAAAAAUAAACAUUAUAUAGUUUUUAACCACAAAUACUCAUUUUGAACUAGCUCUGCGAUGAGCCAUGCAUUACGUAAUCACGUUGGAAAGGUCACGCGUGACGUAGGCAAAAGUUACCCGUUGGUAACUGUUGAAGUCCACUAUAUGGAGAAAAAUCCUGAAAUGUUUUCCUCAAAAACCCAAAUUUCUUUUUGACUGAAGAAAGAAAGACAUGAACAUCUUAGAUGACAUGGGGGUGAGUAAAUUAUCAGGAAAUUUUAAUUCUGAAGUGAACUAAUACUUUAAUUAGUGGCACUUUCCACAAAAAGGGUUUGCUUCGAUGUCCCUUUCAAAAAAAGCGUUGCAGGCCAAAUGUCUGAAUUUUUGUAGGGAGAAAUAUUAAAUACGUUUCAUAAUUAUUUAAUAUAUCAUGAAAAAUAGGACAUUAUAGGAGCAUAAAAAAAUCUACUCUGAAUAAUUGAAUAAUACAUAUUUUGUAUGUAUGCUAUGGGUUUGACAUAUGCUGUUGAAUUCAACUUUGAUAAAAAACAUAAAUAAAAAAUUAAUUAUCUAUAAUAUCUAUAAACCAACCUUGUUACCCUUUCCAGCAUAAUUUAUAUAUAUAUAUAUAUAUAUAUAUAUAUAUAUAUACACACAUCAGUUUUAAACUGUAUUCAGACGUCACCAAAUGUUCGUAACAGGAUUGGAAAAAUUACAAACUGUACAAAAUGUAAAACAAAUCAUAUAUUUUACCCUCCUGAGCUUGAUUAUCAUCAUUUUUAAAAUUAAGAAUCACAUUUGAAACACUGAAAAAAAGAAAUAAAAAAACAAUGACCCUGUUUUUUACCCUCUUUGUGGAAAGUGCCUGAUUGCAGUUCAUACGUCAUUAUGUUUGUUUUUUUUCAAGUCUAAAUUUGUCUUGUAAAUUGUACAUAUAUAUUUUUUUAAUGUAAAUAACACUUUUUUUACUCUGUUUUUGUGGUUUAAGUUACAGCAAUAUGUAUCUUUCGGAUCUGUAAAACAUUAAAGCCUAGAGGAGGAAGUCAGUCUGAACAACCAUUAGACCUUAUGUUAUGUAUACGUCUGUUGAGUUAUAUGAAGGAUAAUCCAUCCAUCCAUCCGUUUCUUGCUUUAUGUCCUUAGAUGCUGUGUUUGCAUUUGGAUAGUUCUUCUGGUGCAUUCUGGGAAUGCUUGUAUGAUUGACCAUUUCAUUGUCACCAUGACAUUGUUGGCAUCUGCAACCCAUUUCACUUUCAUAAUGUGGUUUUUCUGAGUGGGACAGUAUAACGCAGCUAUAGCAGGCAGACUUGAUUAGAUCGUGAACAGUGGGCGUUCCAUACAAGAGUUUGCUGUUGAUUAUGGAUGACUACACCCUUCUAGCACACAACCUGCUUUGGUGACAUUAACUGAAAAAGAAAGCACUUUGUACUUUCGAUAAUAUAUUACAAGACAUUUUUCAGUUCUGUUGAAUAAUGUGCACUGCUGAAUCAUUCACAAUAAGACCAGGAAUGUGUAUUAAUGAAGUCCAUUUUGAUUUAGUGCUGACAUUAAGGUUUGUAAUAUGCAGUACGCCCAAAUUACUGUACAGAAACCUUUUACUUUAUAAUAGCAGUUUAGUUUGUCAGCAUUUCUUUUUGUGUUCUAUAUUCUGCAAUCCAUAAGGUUAAACCAAAUCUGUUUCUAAUUUCUGAACAAGUUAACCAAGAUGAAUUGUUAAUCCCAUCUGUAGUAUGGAAACUGCACUCUUAAAAAUAAAGGUUCCAAAAGUGGGUUUCUCGCAGUGAUGCAAUUGAAGAACUAUUUUUGGUUCCCCAAAGAACCUUUCAGUGAACAGUUCUUAAAAGAACUUUCUUUUCUUAGUGUGAAGAACAUUUAAUAAUCUAAAGAACCUUUUGUGGAAUGGAAAGAUUCCAUGGAUGUUGAAGUUUCUUCAUGGAACCAUCAAUGCCAAUAAAGAACCUUUAUUUUGAAGAGUGUAGAUAAAAAGCAGAAAAUGUUUCACAUGUAGUCCUGUCUAUCCAAUGGUACGAUCACUGAGUGUUUUUCUAUUUCAUAAUAGCAUUUGCAAUACGAUUGAAAGCCUAUUAAACAGUUUCUAAAUAA